UUUCUACUUCCACAAACUUUUCAAUAUUUUAGAAAACUACAACAACAACUAAAUCGAUUAAAUAUGAAAAUAAUAAGACGAGAACAUUAUAAAAGAACAAUAAUAUUCAUUGAUGAAAUCAAUAAAACGUUUUUAUAGCUAUGGCUAGAGUUAAAGCGAGAGAUUUAAUAUUUGAUCAACGGUCAGUUGCACAAACGUUCAUUAAAGUUUCUCUCUAAUGAAUGGUCUAAAUUUGAAAAAUUGUAUCUGCAAAUGUCACAUAAAAUGCUGCCAUGGCCAUAAGAUGGUUUUCAAACACAAAUAUUAACACAAAAAGGAUUAAAUCUACUGGAUAAAUGUGAUGUUGAUUGUAGAACUGAUGAAAUCCAAAUUAAUAGGUUCAUCGAUAACCUGCUACGAGUGUAAUAGUGCAUUACACCCGCAGUGCGAAGGCAACAUGCUCCCCGACACCUGGAAGAGGAACUGUUCCGAUCACGACCGGGGCAUGACCCACACGUUGUGCAGGAAGAUAGUGCAGCACGUAGACUUCGGUAGUGUUAACGGGCAGCUGCCUGCUAGCAGGGUAAUUCGCACUUGCGGCUGGGACGACUCCAAAUAUAAGAGUUCCUGCUAUCACAGAGCAGGAUUUGGAGGACGUCAGGAAGUAUGCUCCUGCACAAAGGAUCUCUGCAAUAAAUCCAGUGACGUCAGAAGCACACCUUUUAUGAUAAUCUCCACCGCUGCCAUGAUCUUCAGAAAGUAUAUUUGCCAAUGACGGAAUUGCGUAUUAUACGCAUGUAGAUUAAUAAAAUUAAAUGAAUACCUAAGAAUUACGUAGCAUUUUUAUUUUAUUUGAUCAAUUUGCAUUCACAAUGCUAUACUGAAAAAUAUUCUUAAUGAAAAUUACUUAAAAAAAUCCACAUAUCCCUGGCACUCUGAGAUGAGACUCUAAUCUAAGAACUCGAAUACAUGACCUCAUGAUAUCAUUUAUUCAGUCUAGGCUGUAACAAGCACUUGUGCAUGUCGAAAGCUACUCCAUCAGUUCACAAAUCUACGGAAGAGCCGGCAAGAAACUCAGCAAGGGCAGCUUUUUUCUCUCUCUUUAAUUUCAUAUAAAGAAAUAAUUGGAAAUGAUAUUUAUUUCGGUUACCGAGUCAUCAUCAUCAUCAGCCUUUUUAGGUGCAGAGGCUCAGGCCUUCCUUAUGGAUUGAAGGGUAUUAACGAUUGCAAAUGCAGCCGGGACCAACGGCUUAACGUGCCUUCCGAAGCACGGAGUAGGUAGAGAUAAUUUUUUUUUUUGGUCACCCAUCCCGUGACCGACCCUUGCGAAAAUUGCUUAACGACAACGAUCGCGGGCCGCGGCGCUUAUCUACUACGCCACCGAGCUAUUCAGUCAUAGAUAGUCAUUGACAACUUAAUAUACAAUAUUCAUAACAAAAUGAUGAUGAUAGAACUUUGGAUUUAAUUCUGUGAUGAUAGAACUUUGGAUUUAAUUCUAUGCUCUAUGCGAGAAUCAAAGGUAGUCCAGCCUCUAGACCUCUUGAGUAAGCU